GAGGAGGGGGGAGGGGGACCGUGGUAGCGGUCUUGGUCUUAGACAGUCAGUCUCCCGCGCGAGUCCGACCUGGAAGUGUAUCCGUAGGAUCUUUCGUCUGACCGCUCUUCGGCUGUGAGCGACCGCUGCUUAGGACACCCGCUUGCCUUGCCAGUACGGAGGGAUGGAAUCUAGGGGCACGCACACCCAUCCCUUGUUACGCCCUUGUGUGUAAGAGGGGCACCAGUGGGGGGAACCUUUUAAUACCUCGUCAGGAGUGCGACGCACGCGCCGCUUGCCGUACAUCUUACUCGAUAAUUAAAACACAAAUGCCACAGGCGUGAUGUUCUGGAUCGUGGCCGUGGCGGUGCUGGUGUCCGGGUGCGGCGGCAGGACGGAGGCCGCCAACCUGGAGGACACUGUGCGUGACCUGUACGACGCGCCGUCCGAGCAGCAGGCCCGCUUCUUCCUGAACUAUGACCGGUCGGCUGCCUUCAACACCUCCGUGGCCUUCACCAUCCCGCUCUUCUCCUUCACCCUGCCCGGCGCAGGAGACACGUCGGCGGCCGGCAUGGACCUGCAGUCCUUCGGCGCCCUCGCCUUCAUCGCCCUCUUCCUCCUGGGUGGCCUCGCCGUGGCGAUCUACACCACCACCCAGGGAGGCGUGUCCAAGAGGGAUCUCAGCGACGACGCGUCCUACCAGGAGUCCUUGCUCACUGCCCUGGUGACGGAGUCCUUAGCGGGAAUCCCCAACGUCAUCGACGCCAGGAGCUGCGCGCAACUGGCCGUCUGCGGCGCCUACUCCGAGCCCGAGAGAUACGGCCUCCUGGCGUGGCCCAUCAAAUUCCUCGUCUCGGACGACGAUACCAAGCCGGUGGACGAGCUCUCUGCGUACCAGAAGGCAGCGAGGGUCGGCAGCCGGACGGAGGAAGACUGCCAGUACGAGUACCCAUGUCUCGUCCAGCCCUUGGAGUUACUCCUCUACGUCUACGAUUAUUGGUACGGCGAGGAGUAGAGGCCGCUGCCGCCGCUACCUGCUCCUGACUGUUAGUUCCUACAAGCAAAGAGGCCACUGGAGACCGCUCGCUUUUCCUUUCAAGAUGGUUAGAGCACGCCGGCUUGAGAGAACAGCGGGCGUCCGACCACACAGACAGACGGGAACGAAAACGAGGACGAACAGAGUGGAGACAAUGAUGACUUUUUUGUGGAAAACAGGAAAAAUAAAAGACUAAAUAAACUCGUAACCCCCCAAAAAAUAUUUUUUAAAGAAACAACUAAUCAAAACAAACUUUAAGAGAAUGGGGAUGACGUGAUGGAUGGAACUGAAGAGAUCGAUCGUGACUUAUGACUUUAUUUCCAUGAUGAAAAAGACUUACUCUAGACAUGAGUUAUAUAGGAACGUGACUUUGUUGACGUACCGAUAUGCAGAAAAUCAAACCUUCACAGUGGGUGACCGUAACCCACGUUCUCAAGGUUCCAAAGACUGUUACAACCUUGCCUUUGUGAAAUGAUACAGACAAAAGUAGAUGACAAAAACAAAAAUACUAAUAACAUGUGACAAAAUAUGAUUAAAGAAAAUAAUUAAAAAAACAGACCUUAGUACAAGCUCAGAUUCACCUGAAGAGUUUCGAACCCCCGUGUUUAUUCAACCGAGACAAAAGCUAUGGGGAGAGGACUUUGUGGCUCAGUAUCUCGCCACAUUAGCACUAUCUGGACUUGUUUACAAUGUGCUCUACAAUGUCAGUGAAUCCUUCAUGAGACAAUCAAGAAAAAAAGGUCAAACAAGUAAAUAAAUGGUGUAAACUCGGAUGUACUUCUCUGCAUGAAGUCUAGUCCGAGGCAUAACAACCGUGUUCACAAACAGAACGUGGCAUAGUGUAGCUGUACUAGUGGAAAAAUAAUUAUCAUAGAAUAACGAGAGAAGCUGAGAGUUCACUUCUUUGUAACUUUGAAGUUUAAAAAGAAAAGAAAAGAAAAAGAAAGUUAGUGAAGCCUCACGAAGCCUCAAAGUGGCAAAGAAUACGUUCUCUUGGAAGCCUUUCACCGGCAGAGGAUAGCCGAUUGACUUGCUCCAAAGCCAGUGGCAUUAGAAUCUAUGAAUCCAAUGACAAGUUUUAUCAGAUAUGCCGAGUUUUCAUAUGGUAACAUUUUUUUAGGUGUAAACUGCUUCUUGAACGUAGUUAAAUGUGUAUAGAUUUUCUUUCUGUUCUCUUUUCUUUCCAAAUUAUCUCUUUAUUGGACAUUUUAAGCAUUGUCCUAAAAGGAAAUUAGAUAAGGUAUUCUUGUAAGUGGCCCAGGUGCUAUUCGUAUACAGUUUAAAGAAUUCCAAUGCUAAACAACCAAGUCACUACUAACUGCAAUCUGCAACUCUGAGGUUUUAAGCUUUCGACAUCAAUUAUGAUCUAUCCCCCCCCCCUACAGAAAAAUCUCUUGGAAUUCCUAAACCCCCAAAAUACAUAUUUAGAACAAUCUAUCCCCUAAAGAUACUUUUGGAAUCAACUUAACGUUCCCAAAUACCUAAGGAAUCGAUCUAUCCUCCCCCAAAAUACUCUUAGAAUCGAUCCAUUCACCCUAAAAAUACCAUUAAAAUAUAUAUAAUCUCCCCCAAAUACCAUUCAAAUACAUCUUUUCUCCCCAAAAUACCAUUAAAAUAGAUCUAUCCCCCCAAAACAUUAAAAAUAAAAUAAAAAAUAAUUCUAGGAAUCGAUCUAACUCCCCCAAACACUCUUGGAAUCGUCGAGUUAUUUCAGUCAACUGAUUUAGUGUUACCAGAUCAUUCAUAGACCAUUUAUUUGCAUAGAACUGAAGGUCAGCAUAGAAAAAAAACUCUUUUAUUUAAUAGAAAUAAAAAUUAUGCAAGGUUUUUAAUAAGAACAUCUGCCUUCAUCCUUUCACAAAACAUCAGUGUCAAGUUUGCAACUUAGCAUCACCUGCAUACAUUCUCAGCAUCUGCUUUAGUCCUUAAGUGGUAAGUCAGGGCAUAUUUUAUAGUGAUAAGACAUUAUUAUGUAUACUUAGGUUUGUGUACACUCGGGUAUGUGAACAAAUAGACCCUCUGAGCCUAUAUUGGAAUGCCCUAAAAGUUGACGUCAAAAUAGUUUUUUUUUCACUACGUUUUCUUUGUAUCUUUCUGCCAAACCCGAUUUCACUGGCAAAAUCGUCGAGAGUAAUGUCACGGAAAGUAUGAGAAUUGUCUCACCUGGCUCAUAUUUCCCAUUUGUGCUACAUAUCCUUGUUUCUCUUACUUGUUACGUUUGGUCUUCGUUGAUCCGUUUCCUCUUUUGUUAUUUUUCUUUCCUCCUUCCUCCUUUUCACGCUCUCUCACACUCUCUUUGUCCGUUUCUCUAUCUCCUUCUCUCAAGAAUAUGAUAUUUCCUCUCUUGCAAUCUUUCCUUCCCUCCCCUUUUCACCCUCUCUCCCCCUCUCACGCUCUCUUUGUCUGUAUCUCUCUCUCUAUCUUUCUAGAAUAUGAUCAACUAUGCUCAAGCUAACAAUCCGCGGCCAGUCUGAAAUUUAUAAUAUAUAUAUAUAUAUCCUGUAUAAUAAUUCUGCUCCACACACAUCCUCUUCCACAUUCUUAAGUUCCAGAUAUAUCUCAUUAAGUAUUUAUUAUUAUCACUGAUCAUUCUUCCUCUUCGAGUUCAAUUUCCCUUCGCAUGAUCCUUUUUUUCUCAUGUCAGAGUCGGGCUGGACUGACCUUUAUCAGAAUUACAAAAAUAGUAUGAUAAUUAUUGUUAUUCUCAUAAUCAUCUGUUUUGACAAGCAUUGAUAGUAUUACAAUUCGCAAGAAACCUGUUGCGAAAAUGUAUUCUGUUGUAAUAGAUGCAUCCAAAGAUGGUUUAUAUACAGAUAUUUUAACUAGUUACAGAUGAAAACCCUCUUUCAUGAUAAGAUUACCAAAUCAACAUUCAAUGGACAAAAACGAAAAAAAAAAAAAUAUAUAUAUAUAAUCACAGCCUUGCAAUUAUGUUGGUAUGUUAUCUAUCAGGAUGCCAUAAAUAUCUAUCGACCACGCACACUAAUAUAAAAGCAUAAUUACACAAAUCUUUUAAGAACACAAUAAAAAAAGAUUCUCCUCAGAUUUUCAUAAAUUCAUGAGAAUAUGGUUUAUGACUGGGCUUUUCAUUAAGAUAAAAAAACAAACAAACUUUUAAGUCCUUUUUUAAAAUCACUAUUCAAACUUGCGUGUCUUUUAUUAAUCUAUACAAAGAAAAUGAAUAUUUAGGCCUCUUAACUACUUUGCCUCUUACUAAAAAAAAUAUAUAUACAUAAUAAAAUUUAAUAAAAGACAAAAGACACCUUAGUUAUCCAAAGUGCAAAAGGUCGGUAGAUGAUUUUAGCCAAAUUUUGUGUAUGUUGGUGAAGAAUAACCUAGUGUAUUAUCAUUGGGCAUUUGUAAUCUUCUUAUUUAUUUAUUUUCUUUUUCUCCACAAGUCGUGGUUUCUCUUAACCUAGAUGCGUCCAUUGUUUCAAUUAUAGCAUAACUUGAAUCUCUACUUUUAGAAAAAAAAUAACAAUAAGUCCGUGGGCAUUUAGCAAUCUUUCCUACAAAUAUUUGGAAGUUUCAGUAAAAUUUCAAAAUGGCGACGGGAUUACAGUGGCCAUUUAUAAUCAAACAAACUGCAUCGAUGCUGUGACUGGUUAACUUAUUAUGGUUCCCGGAGAGUGUGGUAUCUUCCGGUUCUGUUUAAAAAAUGCAAUGGUAUCCAGAUCACGCUUGUUGAUGUGUGCGUGUGGAAGAAGAAAAAAACAAAACAAUUUUUUUUUACAUAAUUUCAAUUACACUGGGAUGUUUCUAGAGUAAAACAAAUAAAAUGAGAAACUUA